AUCAUUACAUUCGUACAGUUCAAAGGAACAACAACAGCAGCAGCAGCAGAAUAACAGCGAUCAGCAGCACCAGCAGCAGCCAUCGUCCACCUGCAGCUAGCUACAGUUCAGCAGAGCAAUUCUUCGUGAUCGAAAAAUCGAAAAACCAACCAUCAUCACCAUGAGUGUCGCGUUUAAGUUCGGAUUAGUAGUGUUGUCGGCGUGCGUGUGCUUGGCUUCGGCCGACCCGAUCCCCGCAGCGGCGGUCAGGACACAGGACGACGGAUGUGCCGGAAACCAGGACUCGUUUGCGUGCGCACAGAUGCAGUUCUACCGGGCCGCCCGGUCUUUCUUCGACCAGGACAAGGUUGACCUUUUGGGAGGUUUGUCCCUCGUCAAGACCGAGAAGAAGGGUAGGUCCCUCGCCGAGAACGCCGAAGAUGUCAACAACGUCGAGAACGCCAAAGACUCCAACGACCGCGAGACCGCACUCGAGGACUUCACCAUGCAUAAGGUAAUGCGCUUCUUCCAAGAGAGGACCCUCCACUGGAACUUGUCGCCAAUCGUCACCGAAGUAUCCGAAACCGCCCGCAGCGUCGUCGACCAAAUCCCGACUCAAUUCAAAUCCAAAAUCUCCAACUACAUCGAAGAAGGUCGUGGUAUCCUCAAGAAGAAGAAGUUCUUGAAGCAUCUUAUCCCACUCUUGAUCGCUCUGAAAGUCAAAUUAUCCGCCUUUGUCGUUAUCGCCUACGUCGUCAUCGCUUUGAUCGCCAAGAAGGCUCUGUUAGCCUCUGUCAUCUCUCUGCUCGUUUCCGGAUUCAUUGGUAUCAGAAAAUUGUUGGCCGCUCAACACCAAACACCUCACCACGAAGUGAUCGAGACACACGCCGGACACGGUAGCUACGGUAGCAGCGCCCCAAGCGGUUACAGCGCAUCCAGCUCCGGAUGGGACAGCUACGGAGGAGGACACGACGCCCAUGGAUCAUACUCCAACAACGUUGGCCAGACCUUGGCCUACGGUGGACAAAAGCCCGUUGCCAGAUAGAGACUUCGACGUGAAUGGCAAGCCUGACUAUUUGUAUAUAUAUAAUAUUUGUGCAAGGUCUUGCCCGCCGCAGUUCAACAACAAUGGUGAAAACAACAUCA